CUCUAUGUAGUCUUUCAGCCGAGCUAGUAUAAUGCGCUCGAAGAUCUUGCCCAUGGUAUUGAGCAAGCUGAUGGGUCGGUAGGAGGAUGGGUUUGCCGGGUCCUUACCCGGCUUGGGGAUCCCAAUGACGGUUGCACUUUUCCAUGCGUUAAGAAAAGUGCAGUUUUCCAAAGCAGCAUUGAAGAUGCAUACCUACUAGGAGAAUCAGGAGAGAAGACUGGAAUUCAAAAAAUACCUACUUUUAUUUCUUUCCUUACAUGCAAAAUUGUUUUUUUCUAAUACAUGACAUUUAAAAAAAAAUACUGAUACCCGCGAUGCCCCUGUAUAUGUCAUUUCUUUGAAUGGUCUAUGCCAGGGCAGUAUAAAAGUAAAUACUGUCAAUGUCAUCACUGGCAAAGAUUUAAUUGAAAAAAUGCAAGAAACAGUACCUAGGUACCUAGGUAGAGAAAACUAAAGCAUUCACCCACAAACUAAAAAGAGAUAGGUACUAUUAUUCACCUAGGAAACAAGAUUCAGUGUUUAUUCUUUUAUCAAUCAGAUGUAUUGUUAUGUUGAAUUGUAUGAAAAUAACCUAUUAGUAUUAGUUAUGUUACAAACGUUUUACUAAACAAUAUCACAGUAAUAAUAAUUGUAGUUCUCUGUCGGUCCAUAAAAAUGAAUGGCUUUAUCGCCGUACAUUGUGGUAGGAGCCGGUUACCAUAGUGAUUCUUUGAAGAAAGACUAUCAGAGGACAUGUUAUUCUGCAUGCCGUAGCGCUUCCGAAGCAUUGAAGAACGGAGGAAAUGCCAUAGAUGCUGUAGAAAAAGCAAUCAUAGAAUUAGAGAAUAGCCCACUGACAAAUGCAGGCUUUGGAUCUAAUUUGAGUUGGAGUGGGUUGGUGGAAUGUGAUGCUUCACUUAUGAAUGGUCAAACUUUACAUUUUGGUGCAUGUGGAGCCGUGUCCAAUGUAUGGAACCCAAUUACCUUAGCAAAACACCUGUGUAUCAAACAGUGUGAUAACUUAUCGCUUGGUCGUGUGCCACCAUGCAUUCUCACUGGGAAAGGUGCUAGAUCCUGGGCAGAACGGAUGGGUUUGGAGAUUGUUGAUGAUAAGAAAAUGAUCUCAGCACGUUCAUAUAGAAAUUACAAACAUUGUAAAAGAAAGUUAAAAAGGUAUUCAAUACAGAAUGAUAUUAAGUUCAGCCCAUUGGAUACUGUUGGGGCCAUAUGUGUAGAUUCAAAUGGUGUAGUGGCUGCUGGUGCCAGUUCAGGUGGAGUUUCCUUAAAACAUGAAGGAAGAGUAGGUCAGGCAGCCUCAUUUGGCAGUGGAGUGUGGGCUGUGAUGAGCAGAGAUGGUAAGAAGCCAUCAGUAGCUGCCUGUACAUCAGGCUGUGGUGAACAUUUGAUUCGUACAGAGUUGGCAAAGAAUGCAGCAGAAAGUUUGUUAUCAUCAUCUCCAACAUUAGGACUAGAUAAAUGCUUCAAAGAGAAUUUCAUUGAGUCUCCAUUUUUGUGGGAUGUCCCUGAGCGUCUUGGUGGUGCAUUAGCUCUGAGAUUUGAUGCAGAAGUUGGAGAAGGAGAGUUGUUGUGGGGCCACACAACUAAGACCAUGUGCAUUGGGUAUAUGUCAACAGAUAAUGCUAAACCAAAGUGUAUAAUUUCACACCUUCCUCCUAAAGUGGAACCCGGACAAAAGGCAGUAGUGUCAGGGCAAUCAUUCAUUGUUCCCAUUCAACAGUGUCCUGUCGUCACAUGGGAAAUCAAGACUGAAUUAAACUGCAAUGGAUCUCUUUGACUAUGUUUAAACUUUAUUACAACUAUUGAAUGCAUGACAUCGAUUAUGUUAAAGGUCUGAAUUAACAGAAAAGUCUGUCUAUCCCACUAGUCCCAUUGUGUUAUCUCAAGGUGACACAAGUGAGGUGAUUUUACUAAAUUGAUACCCAUUUGUUUUUGGCGUGCAUUUUUAUAGUCAAAUGCGCACAGUGUUCAUUAACUUUAAAUUCAUUAAAAACAGCUAAUUUAUUUACUAGGUUAGGAAUAGAACCAUUGUCAAAGUUUCUUCUUUAGACAGACAUCUGACAAGUACUAUGUAUGUGCUGUUUCCUCAUGGUCAUAAAUGAUACACAUUUGCAGUGGUCAUUUACAACAUAUUUUUAUAUUAAAACACAAAAGAUUGCAUUAUAUACAUUAUACGUUUGUCAUAUUGUGUUGACCAAGGGGGAGCAUAUUUGUGACAAACAGUAUGUUGCCAAAGAUAAAAAUAUAUUAUAGGUUUUUUUAUCAUAAACUAAAAGAAAUUUGACAUAUAAGUGUAUAUACCAUACCAUAGUCUGGGAAGCGAUGCCAGAUGCCACCAAGUAUGUUAGGUCCUGGCGCGUAAAGAUCUUUCCAACUAGCUAUCCUUUCGGACUGUGGUGGACGCGUGGUUAACAGAGUAAACUAAUACAACUGCCCUUUCUCUUCUAAGUUUGCGGUGAACUUGGGACAGUCUUAUCAACGUUCAUGAGAGCUAUGAGUGAAGUUAUAAGCAUCGCAGGCUGGCGUCAUACAAGAAAAAAUUUCUUUAAAAUAUGAGCUCAAUACUAAGCAUGAUGACAGGUUUUAAAACAAUAUAAAUUACUUAAUAGAAUGCUAUUUUGACGUCACAAAUAUUUUAUAUUCAUACGAAAAACGAUGAGAAAAUAACUUUUUUAAAUCCAAAAUUAUUUAAAAAUAAUUCUAUGCCAUCAGUUAAUACGAAAAAAUCAAAUUACUUUUACUAUGUCGCAUCAGUAGCUGCCGAACAAAUAAGGUUCGUGAUGCGAUCAUAAAGCUCAGGUGUAACGUCACUUAAGUAGCAUUUUGUAAGUCGCGUUUUUGACUCGCUACAUUAUUCGUUCUUCAUUAUAUCUAUUUGUUUAUUGAGGCGAUUAUGUCACCAAUUUGUUAGUUGUUUUAAAACUAAAUUAAUAAACACCAAAACAAAAAUUACUCAACAUGCCAUAUGACAGAAAUAGAUUGCAGUGCUGGUAUGUUAAAGAAGUGUUCAUAACUUUUGUUUAGUCUUAGUUCCUAAAAGCAAAUACUAUAGAUAGUGUUGAUCUCUUGAAUCAUAGCAUUAAAGUAGAAAUAAUAAUGAUUUGUGCAGAAGACACUUUUUUAAGAAAUAAACAAUCAAAUCUUA